AUGGACCCCUACGAAGUGCCCACUACGGAGGGCCCGUCUAUACAACAACAUAAUAACAAUCAAACCGAUCGAGUCGACCAAGCCGAUCAAGUCAAGUAUGGGUCAAUCAUCCCCGGCUCGUUGGCCCGCAAACCUACAAACCCAUUAGCUCGAAGUUCCACCAAGGAGACAAUUCGAGAUCCGAACUUGGAUGUCAACUUACCCUACCGAACACUCUCCGGCGACGCCAACCUUUCAGAAUACACCACAGAAACACCCAGCGGUCAGAUACCCGGCCCGGUGGAACCAGAUGGCGAGCGCCGCUACAAACUCGUCACCUUCGUGCCAAACGACCCCGAGAACCCUAAGAACUGGUCGAAGGGAUAUAAGUGGUACUGCACCAUGGUCGUAGCCAUAACAUGUUUCGUCGUAGCCUUCUCGUCCAGCGUCGUCACGCCCGACAUUGCCGGCGUAGCCGAAGAGUUCGGCGUCAGCGACGAGGUUGCGCUGCUAAGUAUCACAUUAUUCGUCGUAGGAUUCGGUGUCGGACCUAUGAUAUUCGCACCGCUAUCGGAAAUCUAUGGACGACGAAUUAUCUAUGGAACAACAUUACUAGUCGCCGUGGUCUUCAUUAUCCCCGGUGCUGUUGCGAAGAACAUCGCUACGCUCCUAGUCGCCCGAGCUAUUGAUGGCAUCGCCUUCUCUGCGCCUAUGACGCUUGUCGGUGGUACCCUAGCCGAUCUCUGGAGAUCCGAGGAGAGAGGUAUUCCAAUGGCUGCCUUCUCUGCUGCCCCCUUUAUUGGCCCUGCUGUUGGUCCCCUUGUCGGUGGUUUCCUAUCUGAUGCCGCUGGCUGGCGUUGGCUUUACUGGAUCCACUUGAUCCUCGCCUUUAUCGUCUGGGUCUUAAUCACAUUCACCGUCCCCGAGACGUACGCGCCCACGAUUCUAGCCAAGCGAGCCAAGAAGAUGCGCGAGCAAACCGGCCAAGCAGACUACGUUACAGAAGAAGACAUCGACAAGCGACCCCUCGCUGAACGACUAGCUAUUUUCUUGAUUCGGCCUUUCCAGCUUCUCUUUGGAGAAUUGAUUGUCUUUUUAAUCAGUCUGUACAUGUCCGUGCUAUACGGUCUUCUGUACAUGUUCUUCGUUGCCUUCCCUAUCAUCUUCCAGGAAGGCAAGGGAUACUCUGCCGGUAUUACCGGUCUUAUGUUCAUUCCCCUAGCUGUCGGUGUCAUAUGCUCGGCUAUCUGUGCCCCCCUAGUUAACGCACACUACCGAAAACUCAUCGCUAAACACAACGGUCUCCCCCCGCCGGAGCUACGUCUUAUCCCCAUGAUGUGCUCCUGCUGGUUCAUCCCGCUAGGUCUGUUCAUCUUCGCCUGGACAUCGUACCCCCGUCUCAUCUGGGUCGGCCCCGCUCUCGGCGGCUUCCCCGUCGGUUUCGGCUUCAUCUUCCUAUACAACAGCGCCAACAACUACCUCGUCGACGCAUACCAGCACCAAGCCGCGUCCGCCCUCGCAGCCAAGACAUGUAUCCGUUCGUUCUGGGGUGCAGCCGUCGUCCUGUUCACAAACCAGAUGUACGCGCGUCUAGGCUACGAGUGGGCCAGCACGCUUCUCGCGUUCAUCAGUCUUGCAUGUUGUGGUAUCCCGUUCCUGUUCUGGACUUACGGCGCGCGCAUCCGGCAAAAGAGCAAGUACGCCUACGCCGGCGAGGAAGACGAGAAGAUCGCCAACGCGAGCGAGGGCAUCGGCCCCGUUGUGAGGGAAGACGAUUCUGAAGAUCAGGAUUUGAGACGUGCGAGGAGCUACGUUAGCAACCCUUGA